AUGGCAAGCCUUCGAGAAGCCAGAUUGGUGGGUCGGUUGCUCAAAUUAUCUUUCAUGAUACCCAUCCGUCCGUCUCCACCACAGCGACCACAGUGGGUUCGAAACUCUAUCAAUCUUCCUUCCAAACGUUCAAUCCGUACACAGCCCACCCUCAAAGCUCAAGAAGCUCUUGCGGAAGUCGAAGAAGAAAUCUUACCACCUUCAGACUCAUCCAAUCCUGCCCUCUCAUUCCCCUGCCUUGAUGCUCAGGAAGCUAAAACAGCGAAAUUAUCCAAUCGAUCCCUUGAUUCUGGACCUGAACCUUCGUAUACGACGGGAAAGCAUUUUCGAUAUCAUUCUCAGGAGCCGCUCUUACUAGAUUGGGGAGGAGUACUACCAGAAUUUGAUAUUGCCUACGAGACGUGGGGAGUUCUGAAUACGGAUCGGAGCAAUGCUAUUUUGCUCCACACCGGACUGUCAGCAUCUAGUCAUGCUCAUAGUACGGAUCUGAACCCUAAACCCGGUUGGUGGGAGAAAUUCAUUGGGCCCGGACGUCCUCUUGACACCAAUAAAUAUCACGUUAUUUGCACAAAUGUUAUCGGCGGCUGCUACGGCUCAACAGGUCCGUCAUCCAUUGAUCCUUCAGAUGGUCAGCGCUACGCGACUCGAUUCCCCAUCUUGACAAUGCAGGAUAUGGUCAGAGCGCAAUUCAGAUUGGUGGAUGGGCUUGGCAUACAAAAGCUAUAUGCAAGUGUUGGAGCUAGUAUGGGAGGAAUGCAAUCGUUAGCUGCCGGAACACUCUUUCCUGAUCGGGUGGGAAAGAUUGUCUCGAUAUCUGGGUGCGCACGAAGUCAUCCUUACAGCAUAGCCAUGAGACAUACACAGCGGCAGGUGUUGAUGAUGGAUCCGAAUUGGAAUCGUGGUUUUUAUUAUGAUCCAGGCCGGAUACCACCUCAUAGUGGUAUGAAAUUGGCAAGGGAGAUCGCAACUGUUACCUACAGAAGUGGACCAGAAUGGGAGAAUCGAUUUGGCAGACAACGAGCUGAUCCAUCCAAACAGCCAGCACUGUGUCCUGACUUCUUGAUCGAGACAUAUCUGGACCAUGCUGGAGAGAAGUUUUCAUUGGAGUACGAUCCUAAUAGUUUGCUCUAUGUAUCAAAAGCGAUGGACCUGUUUGACCUUGGCAGUAAGAAUGCUGUCAGCACUAUGCAACGUCGGAAGGAGAAUGCAGCGAAACUUUCUGGGAGCGGGGCAGUGAAAGAUCAGCGUGACCUUUCCUGCAGCCUUACACUACCGGACGAAAAGUACGAAGAACAAGUUCAGUCUCCACCACUGGAUCAAAAGGUCGAAAAUAACACUUUGGGACCUCCACAAGAUCUGGUUGACGGUCUGGCCGGGCUAAAGAAUCAUUCUACAUUGGUCAUGGGCGUCGCAAGUGAUAUCCUCUUUCCAGCAUGGCAGCAAAAAGAGAUCGCGGAGACUUUGCGAUCAGCCGGUAACCAACAGGUCAAACAUGUUGAGUUGGGGGAAGACAUUAGCUUAUUCGGCCAUGACACGUUCUUGCUUGAUCUCGAGCAUAUUGGUGGCAAUCUUGGCAGGUUUCUUGAUUGA